AAAAGACAAGAUGUUAUAGAUAGGGAAAAAGCUAUACUUAAUAUACUUGCUAAAAUUGAUCGUUCAAAGGAAGUUGACCUUUGCUACGUUUUAGACUGUUCUAUGGGAAGUCAUAUCGCUGCUGCCAAAAAAUGCAUUUUACGGGUGACAGAACACAUUAAAAAUACAAAUCCGUGUAUUAAUGUUCGCAUUGGUUUUUGUGGCUAUCGCGACUACAAUGACAACCCUAAUAUAGAAAUUUUUGAUUUUACAAAUUCUUUUGACAAAUUUCAACAAAAUUUGGCUAAAGUAGCAGCUGUUGGCGGUGGUGAUGCACCAGAGGAUGUUUUUGGAGGUCUUAAUUCUGCUAUAACUCGAUUAUCCUGGAAUGAUUGUACUAGAGUUCUACUACAUAUUGGUGAUUGCCCACCACAUGGACGACGUUUUACUACUUUAUUCGAUGAUUAUCCAGAUGGUGAUCCAAACGGUUUAACUGCUGAAAAUGUAUUAAAAAAAAUGAAAUCAGAAAGAAUUCUCUACUUUUUUGGAAAAAUUACGGAAGAAACUAAUAACAUGAUUCAAAUAUUUCACAGUAUAAUUGGAGAUUUUCCUGUAUUUGAUCUUGUAGGAGGUGAUCCAAUGCAAUUAAUUAAUAAAUUUAUCAUUGCUACAACAUCAUCCAUUAUAUCAUCCGUUUCGCUAGCCAGCACCAUCGGAAGUAGAAUUAGUGAUGUGUAUUCUUCUCGACAAAAAAUUUCUAUAGACUCUAAA